GUUCUUUAACCCUUUCCUACCGCUUUCCUUAAUUAAACAAAAAAAAAAGAAAGAAAGAGAAAAUGCCACCUGCCAAGGAAACGGAUAAAGAUAAUGAAAAGAUAAGAGAAGUCAGUGAUUCUGAAAAAGAGGAAGUUGAUACUCCAAAGCCAAAAAAGGAUUCAACAAAGACAAAGAAGGAAAAGAAACCGAAAAAGACAAAAAAGAAGAAGAAGUCAAAGUCAUCACCUAUGGAUUUAGUCCCUGGUAAUUCAGCAAAUGCUGUAUCAGGUUUAGGAAACGGUUUUGUUGGAGGUCCUCCACAGCAGCAAAUGCAACAGCCUCCUCAACAACAAAGUGGUGCUGGUGGUGGAGGAGGAAAAGGUGAUAACCCUUUAAGCUUACGUCUUGAUCUUAAUCUUGAAGUUGAAAUUACUAUUAAAGCACGAGUACAUGGUGAUGUGACCUUAGCUCUUUUAGCAUAAAUGCUCAUGAAUAUCAUAUUGGAAAAAAAAAA